AUGUCUGGGAUCCAGAACGACCAUCUCAGGAGUUACUCAGAGUUGCAGCCAAAAAUCAGGCGAAAAAUAAGGCUAGGGGAUGCAGGUGUGUAUCUACCACCUGGUGCUGGGUUAGGACCAGGAGGCAUUGGAACAGGAACUGGAUUCUUUCCAGGAGGUUAUGCAGGAGGAGGUGGAGGCCGAGGCCUGUUCGUGCCAGGGGCAGGUGGCCAGGUCAUUGCAGGAUUGCCAGCAGGAUAUGGAAAUCUAGGAGGUGGCGGCCUGGGGCCUGGAGGCUAUGGAGGAGGUGGCUACGGGGGCUACUAUCCGGGAGCUGGAUCAAAGGCUGCUAAAAGCGGGUUUGGUGGACGUGGAGUUCUGCCUGGAGUGCCCACUGGGUCUCAACUCAAUCCCAAAUCAAGUGUCCGUGGGUAUGGGGGACCAAUGCAGCCAGGAGUGUUCCAUGGAUACCCCCUCAAAUCACCCAAAGUGCAAGGUGCCUAUGGAGCAAAAACUGCAGGUGGAAAACUUCCAUAUGGUUAUGGCGGCUUUAAUGUUGCACCUGGACUGCCAGGAGUGCAAGGUGGCCCCGGGUCGAAGCCAGGAUAUCCUGUUGGAACUGGAGUGGGAGUCAUUUCACCUGGUCAGGGUGGUACUGGAGGCUUUGGAGCUGGUGGUGGUGGCUUUGGUGGCACUGGUGGGCUGUAUCCAGGCCAGGUGUUAGGAGGGUAUGGAGCUGCUAAGGCUGCCAAAUAUGGAGUUCCAGGAGGUGUACCUGGGGGAGUACCAGGAGGUGUACCUGGGGGAGUACCAGGAGGUGUUCCUGGGUUAGUACCAGGAGGUGUACCUGGGGGAGUACCAGGAGGUGUUCCUGGGUUAGUACCAGGAGGUGCACCGAUUGGAAGAAUUCCAGCGGUUGGUGGAUAUUUACCAGCAGCAAAAGCUGCUAAGUAUGGAACGGGAGGACAAAUAGGCACAGGAGGGCAAAUAGGCACAGGAGGGCAACUAGGAACAGGACAACUAGGAACAGGACAACUAGGAACAGGGCAACUUGGAACAGGAGGGCAACUAGGCACAGGAGGAGGAUAUUAUCCUGCAAGCAAAGCUGCCAAAUACGGGGGACAACUAGGAACGGGACAACUAGGAACGGGACAACUAGGAACGGGACAACUAGGAACGGGACAACUAGGAACAGGGCAACUAGGAACAGGGCAACUAGGAACAGGGCAACUAGGAACUGGAGGAGGAUAUUAUCCUGCAAGCAAAGCUGCUAAAUACGGAGGGCAACUAGGAACGGGACAACUAGGAACGGGACAACUAGGAACGGGACAACUAGGAACGGGACAACUAGGAACGGGACAACUAGGAACGGGGCAACUAGGAACGGGGCAACUAGGAACGGGGCAACUAGGAACAGGACAACUAGGAACAGGACAACUAGGAACAGGACAACUAGGAACUGGAGGAGGAUAUUAUCCUGCAAGCAAAGCUGCUAAAUACGGAGGGCAACUAGGAACAGGAGGGCAACUAGGAACAGGAGGGCAACUAGGAACAGGGCAACUAGGAACAGGACAACUAGGAACAGGGGGAGGAUAUUAUCCUGCAAGCAAAGCUGCCAAAUACGGGGGACAACUUGGAACAGGAGGGCAACUUGGAACAGGGGGACAACUUGGAACAGGAGGGCAACUUGGAACAGGAGGGCAACUUGGAACAGGAGGGCAACUUGGAACAGGAGGGCAACUUGGAACAGGAGGGCAACUUGGAAUAGGAGGAGCAUAUUAUGCUGCAAGCAAAGCUGCCAAAUACGGUCAAGGUGGUGGAGGGUUUAUUCCAGGUGUUCGUGGAGGUGGUGGUGGAUUUUUACCAGGAUAUGGAUCUUUGGCAGCCAAACCUCCUAAAUAUGGAGUGCCAGGAGCAGGCCUAGGAGGAGGGGUUGUCCCAGGGGGAGGAGGGGUUGUCCCAGGAGGAGGAGGGGUUGUCCCAGGAGGAGGAGGGGUUGUCCCAGGGGGAGCAGGACAGGUAGUCCCUGGUGGUGGAUUGGGUGGUUUUGGAGGUGGUGCUGGAGUCAAACCACCAAAGUAUGGAGUUCCUGGAGGAGUCGGAACAGGGCUAGGACCUGGAGGAGUUCCUAUUGGAGGAUCAGGAGUUGCAGGUGGACCGUACUCCCCCGCCGCAAAAGCUGCUAAAUACGGAGUUGGAACUGGAGGUCUACCUGGAGGAGUUCCAGUUGGAGCAAAAGCACCAAAAUACGUAGUUCCAGGAGUGACUCCAUACACACCUGUCAGUUUUCCAAAUGGCUCUGUUGUACCUGGUCAAUUAGUUCCUGGAAAACCAGCAAAGGAUGUCAGUGGAACUCCUCGGCCAGGUGUUUCUGGUGGAAUUGUUCAGCCUAGUGCUGGCACAGGUGUUGUUGGAACGGGAGUUGAUGCUCCCGCUGGUG